GGAGGCUCAACAGAGAAACAACCUACUCAUACUGUACUUGCAUCUCUGCGUUCCCUUGGUCAACUUAUCCUUUCCCUUCUGGCCCUUGGCUCUCGUUGUGUGGUUUAUACAUCUAUACCCGCGUUCGCAUACUUCCACGCCCAGUAUACCACAUCUCCCAACACAACUGGGCGCACUGCCAGUCUCAACCAUCCCGGACAGUCUACCUUCGUUAACAACUCUUUUCUUUCCACGAUCCACUCUUGAAGAUGCCUUCUAUCAAACCAGUCCUGCCUCCCCUCAGAACGCCCAGCAAUAUCACCUUCCCCUCCGAGCUCCAUACAGACUCGAGCGCUGGCUCAGGGAAGAAUGAGGACAGCUCCUCCACUCCGAUUACGCCUCCUGCCGCUUAUACUGAGUUCCUGAAAGUCUUCACUCCUAUCUUCUCCAGCCCAACGAGCGCUGAGGGCGUGGACUUUUCAAAGUACAAGUUUGACCGUCAUAAUGUCCAUUCUGCACAGUCACAACCUUCCAGUGCAGUCAGCGGCAGCUUCAAUUUCAACGAGCCAGCACGAUCGGCAACAACAUUACCUCCGCUGACUCCUCUUGUGCCCUCUCAUUCUCGACGAGAGUUGAGUAACCUGCGCCGGCUGCGCAUCCCGCCGGCGCUUAGGUACUCGCCCACGUCGGCGGAGCCGCCUCGAAGCGCUGGACCUCGCAGUGCGGGACCUCGAAGUGCUACACUUGAUCGCACUCCUUAUUCUCCAAUUGAUUGGAGGCUACGCUACCUGGAUGCUCCCCGGAGCGCCAACCCUCGAAGCUCCAACCACAAGAUGAGUGUGCGACAUGUCAUCACGCACACGAUCACAUAUAAGACGACGGAGUUGGAUGCACCACCGAGAGGAAAGCGAAGGAAGCACAGCCAUGAUGAUAGUGAAUCGAAUGCGGCGUUUUGGAAUAUGGUAUUUCAGCGCGGGCACUACUCGGUCCUCUUUUCUUUUGUGAAUAUUUCCCACAUGAAUAAUAAUCUAGAAGCAUACUUGGGCGCCGAGGCGCAACAACCAAUACCUUCGCAGAAACCUGUAAGCUGGCAUGAACUGUUGGUAUAUCUCGUAACUGGCUCUAUUGCUCUUUAG